GACGGAUCAAAUGGCUUAUCCUACCUUCUCCGACCGUUGAACCAAGACACCUAUCCAGAAACCCCACAUGUGACGUGAUGAACACGUAAAUAUCUCUCUCAGUCUCUCUCUCAAUUCUCAAACACUUGUUAAACUUUACUUAUCAAAACACUUGCAAAUGGGAAUUUUGGGGUAUAAAUUAAUUGUCCAUCUCCAAUUCAUUUCAACGGAAAGUUAAUCAGAAAUUGUGUUGUCAGCCUCCGAUGGAGAUUUGGUUCAUCAUCCUCGCCUCUCUCUGCAUCUCUGCAGCCCUGAAAUCCCUCCUGGAUCUACUCUCCCUCAACCACAACCACAAUAAGCUCCCACCAGGUCCCUUUACUGUCCCCAUCAUAGGCGACUUCUUAUGGAUUCGCAAAUCCCUCUAUGAUAUUGAAACCAGUGUUCGCAAUCUAYGCACCAAGUACGGCCCCAUCAUCAAGCUUCAAAUUGGCUUCCGCCCAGYUAUCUUCAUCGCCAACCACGACCUCGCUCACAAAGCCCUCAUCCAGCACGGCUCCACCUUCGCCGAUCGCCCUCCAGCUCUCGCACCCAGAAGCAUCAUUACCAGCAACCAACACCACAUCGGUGCAGGCGCCUAUGGCCCCCUCUGGCGCCUCUUCCGACGUAAUCUUACCCACGAGAUYCUCCACCCUUCACGGAUUAAGUCUUACGGCAACGCCCGCAUCUGGGUUUUGGAGAUACUGACCAACAAGCUCAGAGAACAAGCCAAUUCCGGACAACCCGUUCGCGUCAUGGAUCACUUCCAGCACGCCAUGUUCUGCUUGUUGGUGCUCAUGUGCUUCGGAGAAAAGCUCGACGAGAAGGUWAUCAAGGAAGUCGAAUCCGUUCAUAGGAAGCUUAUAACCAGUUUCGGUCGAUUCAACGUGCUAGSUUUCAUGCCAAGAUUGGGAAAGAUUGUGUUCCGAAAGAAGUGGGAGGAGCUCUAUCAGCUCMGGCACAACCAAGAAAGCGUUCUCAUUCCUCUAAUCAGAGCCCGGCAAGAGCAASAGAAGAAAAACCAGAAGGGCGAAUCCAUCCUCUGCUACGUCGAUACGCUGCUCAGCCUUCAACUCCCAGAUGGAGGAAGAAAGCUGACGGAGGACGAGAUGGUGACCUUGUGCUCGGAGUUUCUAAACGCGGGCACUGAUACAACAUCCACCGCGUUGCAGUGGAUCAUGGCGAAUCUGGUGAAGCAUCCACACAUCCAAGCAAAGCUGGUCUCAGAGAUC